UCUGCUCGACGGUCGCACUUUUUGGUCGGUCUUUAUUUUUUAUCAUUUCCCACACUCAUCGAAUACACGGAAAAUCACCCCAAAAUUAUACAAUGUCCGAUGAAAAACAGAAGAGCGAUGAAUUAGAUGACCUGCUGGACAGUUGUCUGCAGGAUUUCGAUAAAAGUGGGGCAGGAGACAGCAAGGAAAAGGCCUCCUCCGACGAUGCGGCAAAUGCUGAGGGAGCCGACACCUCCGACGAUCCUGAGGCUUUUUUCCUUGAGAAGGCACAGAUGCUGGCCGAUCGCAUGAACACGUUGUUUGGAGGUCCAAACACGCCCAGUGGUGACAUCCCACCUCUGCCCCAAGAUCCCGACCAGAUUAUGUCUGGGUUCAAGAAGAUGGCCGAAGCAGCUGCUCUUACCUUGAGCGGCGAGAAUUCAGCCACCGACGAAGAUGUCUCAAAGUAUUCCGAUAGCAUUUCGCAGGCACUCAAGGGCCUGCAAGAGGGCUCCGAGAACCUGACAGCUCCCGCCUCGGAAAACGACAUAGCCAGCAUGUUUGGCUCCCUUAAUUUGGAAGGGGCUGGUGAUGGAGAUGGAAACAUGUUCCUCCCCUUCAUGGAGGGCAUGAUGCAGAGCCUGCUUUCUGCAGAGAUCCUGUUGCCCAGCAUUCGGGAAUUGCUGGAGAAGUACCCGAAAUACCUCGAGGAAAACGAGGGCAAGUUGUCUGCUGAGGACAAGGAGAGAUACCUGAAGCAAAUGGAGCUGUAUAAGGUUAUCGAGGGGCAUUUACAAAGCGAAAAACCCGACGAUUCAGCAGCCGUGAAGCGCGAGAAGUUCCGCGUGGUGCUUGACGAUAUGCGCAAACUGCAAGACUUUGGCCAGCCUCCGCUAGAGAUUCUGGCAGAGACGGGCGGCGACCUCCCCUUCGGAGACCCCGCAUCCCUCGCAGCUGCUGGCGGUCCGGGUCCCCAGUGUCCCACUAUGUAGUGGAUGACGGAGCACGGUCGUCUUGUGGUGUGCCAAUUGGUUAACUGUUGAGUGUUGCACAUUUAUUAGGCUAAGCUAAUUGUAUUUUAUUUUAUCCCGACAAAACAAUCUGGCGGUCGCUAAUGGUUAUACUCUCUCUUGAA